CCUCCUUUCCCCUCCCCGCGGGUUCCUGGCCUAGCCAGAUACUGCGCAGCAAUCACGGUUCUCCAUCACCAGUUUGCCUGGGUAAGGGUCCCCUUGAAGCCGCAGCCCGGCGCAGAGUCGCAAGGGAGAGCAACCUGGGAGACCUCGAUCUGGACAGGUUCCAGCCUGCGUGGAGGCGGUCCCGGUGCCCGUGGGGUAUCUGGAAGGGUAGCCAGAGCUGGGGCAGCGCAGUGGGGAGGAGAGGAGGGGAGGUUGGGACAGCCCGCGAGGCCGGGAGCUGCCGGGAGAGGGGCGGGGGGCGGCCCUUCUCCAGGAAUUUCCGGGGAUCAUGUUACAGCGCUCGCGGAGGGAGAGCUGAGUGGGACGCCAGGUCCUGCUGCGGUCUGGGACCCAGGCCCCCUCCUCCAGCAGCCCGCGGGCCUUGCAGCGCCAUCCCUGAGCACACUGACCCCGUGCGGCGGGGCCGCUCCGCGCCCCCAGGCAGCUCUGUUAUGGUAGGGCCGCCUGAACCCCGAGUUGUCGUCGGGUCACCGCGGCCCCGAGUCAUUGUAGGCACUAUCCGACCCCGAGUUAUUGUGGGGUCUGCGCGGGCCCGGCCCCCUCCGGACGGGACUUCCCGCCCCCAUUUGGCGGCGGAGGAGUCUCCCCGCCCCCGAGUCAUCUUCGGGACCCCCCGGGCCCGGGUGAUUGUGGGUUCGCCCCGGCCUCGGAUGAUUGUUUCAUCCCCGUGGCCCGCUGUGGUCGUAGCGUCUCCGAGGCCGCGAGCUCCUGGAGGCUCCCCGUGGCCCAGAGUUAUAGUCGGGACACCUCGGUCGCGGGUGAUUGUCGGGUCUCCACGGGCCCGGGUCGCUGGGGCGGAUCAGGCUCCAGUGCCUUCUCGGGGCUCCCCGCAAGGCCGUAGGCGAGAUGAACAUUCUGGCGCCGGUGCGGAGGGACCGCGUCCUGGCGGAGCUGCCCCAGUGCCUGAGGAAGGAGGCCGCUUUGCACGUGCACAGAGACUUCAACCCCCGCGUCACCUGCGCCUGCCAGGAGCACCGGACAGGCACCGUGGGAUUUAAGAUCUCCAAAGUCAUUGUGGUGGGGGACCUGUCCGUAGGGAAGACUUGUCUCAUUAAUAGGUUCUGCAAAGAUACUUUUGAUAAGAAUUACAAGGCCACCAUUGGAGUGGACUUUGAGAUGGAACGAUUUGAGGUGUUGGGCGUCCCCUUCAGUCUGCAGCUCUGGGAUACUGCUGGACAGGAGAGGUUCAAAUGCAUUGCAUCAACCUAUUACCGAGGGGCUCAAGCCAUCAUCAUCGUCUUCAACCUGAAUGAUGUGGCCUCCCUGGAACAUACCAAGCAGUGGCUAGCUGAUGCACUCAAGGAGAACGACCCUUCCAGUGUGCUUCUCUUCCUCGUGGGUUCCAAGAAGGACUUGAGUACUCCUGCUCAGUAUAUGCUAAUGGAGAAAGACGCACUCAAGGUGGCCCAAGAGAUGAAGGCUGAGUACUGGGCGGUCUCAUCUCUCACUGGUGAAAAUGUCCGGGAAUUCUUCUUCCGUGUGGCGGCACUGACCUUUGAGGCCAACGUGCUGGCUGAGCUGGAGAAAUCGGGGGCCCGGCGCAUUGGGGAUGUUGUCCGCAUCAACAGUGAUGACAGCAACCUUUACCUAACUGCCAACAAGAAGAAGCCCACGUGCUGCCCGUGAGCGGUAAGGGGACGGUCGAGAGACUGGCCAGCCCUGGGGCACUGUGCCACCUUGAUUGCCCUAGAGCUCGACCCUGGACAUUUGCACUGAUUGUUUUUCCAGACCAAAGAGCUGCCCCUUCGUGGCAGUACCCCUGGAGGGGUAGCAGGGACCAUGCUAGUCACUUCCUGCCCCAGACACCAUGCCAAAGACUAGAUGUCCUCCCUCCCCAGGGGCUCUCCGGGCUGCCCAGCAGUGGGGAGGUAGUCCCUGCUGCUUUUGCUUAGCCUGCUGGACCCCUUGAGUAUGAGGAUGCUUAAUGAUCCAAGCCUUACACUGUGCCUUAUGCAUUAAAAUCUCUGUUAUUAGCA